GUCACCUUAUAAUUUCUGCAUUUUUCUUUCGACAGAUCCCUUCUUGACAGUUUCAGUCAUAUAAGAAAUCACUAGUUAGCCAGAGAGCACAAUAGUUUUCAAACGUAUUUGAAUGAGCCCAAAGAAUACAAACACUUUUUCACAGGAGCACCAGAAUGGACUGGAUAAUUACUGCUUCAGUGCUCCUGUCAGUGUUAAAAGCUGCACUUUGUUUUAAUGUUGAUCCUGUGGCUUGGAAAUCCCUGAGUACCGGAGCUGCAGGUUUUGGAUACCAGGUGGUGCAGAGACAGUCAGACUCACUGGUCAGUGCUCCUCUUGCACAAUAUUCACCAAGUGAAAGGGGGAAAAUAUAUAAGUGCUCCACCACAUCCUGCCGUCCACUGUCAAUUUCAUUGCCACAAUUUGCAGUCAAUGCAUCCCUUGGUUUGACAAUGACACACGACCCCAUCACACAAAACACUAUGGCAUGUGGCUCUACCAUUCCAAAGGACUGCAAAAGCAUCACCAUGUACAAUGGUAUAUGCGCUGAGAUUAACAGAUUUGAUCGUAUUGCAGCUUUUAUGCCUUCUUCUCUUGAAGAGUGCCGAACCCAAGCAGACAUUGCAUUUCUGUUGGACGGCUCAGGCAGUGUAGAUGCAAUUGAUUUUCAAACAAUGAAAAACUUUGUGAAAGAUCUUGUCAGGUCAUUCCUGGGAAAAGAUACAAAGUUUGCCAUUGCCCAGUUCUCCACAAGUCCCACCAUCCAUUAUAACUUUAACACAUUUGAUCCUCGGUCUUGGGAAACUCAAAUAAAUCGAAUAAGACAGUUAACGGGAUGGACUUAUACAGCUACUGCCAUCAAACAUGUUGUCGAAGGUGUUUUCUCGUCAGCUGGAGGUUCUCGGCCAAAUGUGAAGAAGAUUCUGAUAGUCAUCACAGAUGGAGAAUCUAAUGACCGAACCAGCUUGCCAGAGGCAGCGAAUUUAGCACAGAGUAAAAACAUUGUUCGAUUUGCUAUUGGGGUGGGGAGUGCCUUUUCUAGUCAAGGAGCAAAAGAGGAACUGAACACCAUUGCAUCUUCUCCCCCCCAAAAACACGUGUUUAGAGUGGACAACUUCAACGCACUUGAAGCCAUAAGACAGAAUUUGCAGGAACAAAUCUUCUCUAUUGAGGGAUCUCAAACAAGUGGAGAGACACUAAAAAUGGAAAUGUCUCAAGAGGGAUUCAGUGCAGCUUAUGUUCCUGGGCAGGGAAUUCAGAUGGGAAUUGUUGGUGCCAACCAGUGGAAGGGAGGCUUCCUGCAAUACACAAGACAAGGCACAAAGAUGGGGUCUUAUGAGCCGUCAUAUAUGGAGCCUGACAGUUAUCUUGGUUACUCCAUGGCUGUUGCUAACACAAUGCAAGGCCCGCUUACAAUCGUUGGUGCCCCAAGAUAUCAACACAGAGGAGUUGUGGUGGCAGUUCAGAGAAAUGGCAAUCACAAAAUGAUUGAUCCCUCACCGUGGCAGUUUCAGAGUGGUGAAUAUUUUGGGGCUGAAGUUUGUGCCAUGGAUGUGAACGGUGACACCUACACUGACCUAAUCCUCAUAUCCGCACCGAUGUACAUGGACAAAGAUAAAGAGGGAAGAGUUUAUGUUUGCAGCUUAACUCGUUUGAAUGUCGAGUGUCACUUUGAGUCAAAUGUUGAUUCUCCAUCAAUAAUGAGUGGGGACACAUCUGACAAAGCAAGGUUUGGGUCUUCUCUUGCUGUACUGCCUGAUCUUAACGCAGAUGGUCUCAGUGAUCUGGCUGUUGGAGCACCUCUGGAGAAUGACGGUCAAGGCAGCAUCUACAUAUUCCAUGGAGAAGGGAGAAAAGGCAUCAGGCUUUCUUACUCACAGAGAAUUGCUGGCUCUGAAGUCAAGACAGGACUGAAGUUCUUUGGCAUGUCGAUCAGUCAGUCAUCUUUUGACCUUAGUGGGGAUGGACUGCCUGACUUAACCGUGGGUUCAAAGGGUGAAGUUGUCUUACUCAGAUCCAAGCCGAUAGUAAAGGUGGAAGUUGCAAUGGAAUUCAGCCCAAACCAAAUCUCUACACAAAACUCAGACUGCUCAGCACCACUGAAGAACACAGCUAAAAUCUGCUUUGCCAUGACCCAGGUUUCGAGAGUAGACGAAGCUAAUGCAAGGAUCAACUUUACUUUUACACUGGAUGCCACACGCAAGAUCCCAAACAACCGGGCUUACAUCAGUGAGAAAAAUCGAGUGAAAACCCUAUCAACUCCUCUUGAUUCACCAGAGCCACAGUGUGUCAAAGUGGAUUUUUUUAUUGAAGCUUGUCCUGAAGAUGCCCUCAAUCCACUUUACAAUGAACUCAAAUUCACCUUUGACGGAUUGCCUUCUAGUACAAAGCUCAGCCCGAGUCUCUCCCUGCUGACUCAAACAACAUCUGUUCAUCCAUUAGGGUUUGAAAUCAACUGUGGCUCUGACAACACAUGUACAGAUAAUCUGAAAGUGGAUUUCAACUUCACCAGCUCCUCAGAGGUUAAAGUUGGCAUUGAUGAACUGGUGAAUAUCACUGUCUCAGUGGAGAACACUGAGGAAAACUCCUACAACAGUCAUGUCAUUCUCACAUAUCCAGCUGGUCUCUCCUAUAGGAAAAUUACAGUUCUGCAGGGAAGAAUAGAGUGCAACUCCUUGGACAGUGCCGAUGGCUUAUUGAGAGGAAAGACAGACUGCUCUGUUGACAAGCCAAUUUUAAAGAACAACGCUAAGGCUUUCUUCAUUGUCUCUUAUGGGAUCGAAACCAAUAGUCAGCUUGGCAGGAGGAUUUUUGUCACUGCAAAUGCUACUAGUGGGAAUCAGGUGCACGCCCCCUCAAGCGAACUCUACAAAACGAAAAGUAUUAAUGUCAAGUACAGCAUUUUUGUUACAAUUGAAAGUUCCCUCAGCUACAACAAUUUCACUUUUGGAAAGAAUAAUUUGCAGAAACCUGUUCAACAAUCAAUUGUGGUUACAAAUGAUAUGAGAGCACUGAACUUCACUGUGGUGAUCAGGGUGCCAGUAAAGCUGGGCGAUAAAGACAUCUGGGUAGAUUUGAACAGUUUGCAGUUUCCAGACUGCCAAAUGGACAAAGAUGAAUUGCCUUUUGUCACAGAUUUUGUUGCUCAGAUACGGGAAAAAAAGUCAGUGGACUGCUCUGUGGCCAAGUGCAGAGUGUUCAAGUGCACUAGGUUCAUGGGAAGGCAGGAUAGGGCGGUGUACAAAAUCUCUGCCAACCUUAGUUCUGGAUGGAUAGAGCAGAUUGGACUUCAAUCUGCAAAAUUCCUCUUGACCAGCACAGCCAGUCUAGAAUAUGACAGAACCCAGUACAUCUUCUUUUCAACCAAUAACAACCCUCCUAUUCGCAAGAUUGAGGCAGAGGUUGAAGUGUAUACUGAACCAGACUUCACCAAAGAGAUUGUCGGAGGAUCCCUUGGUGGCUUGGCUCUGCUGGCUUUAAUCACUGCAGGCCUUUAUAAGGCUGGAUUUUUCAAGAGUAAAUACAAUGAGAUGAUUAAUAAUGCAGAAGGAGCAGAAGAUCCAGGGCUUACUGGAGAUGAACCCACACCAGAAUGACAAAUAUAAAGUCAGGUGAUGUCCUACAGACAUGGGCUACUUCCAGUUCAUUCAAACUUUUAGCCUGCUGCUAGCAGCUGACUGCAAAAAACAAAACAAUUGAAUAUUUACAGUGGCACUGUAAUCUCUAAUUAGUUCAUCCAUACCAAUGUCAGAACUGUAGCAUUUCUAAUCUGAAAUAGAAAAUAUACAACAGUACAAAUAUCUUGCCAUUUUAGGAAUGUACAAAAUUUGUACUCAGUAAAUAUCUGUACCACCACUUUAACACUUAAACAAGAAACCUUGGUUGUGUCUGAAAUCACUCCCUCACUAACUGUUUGGCCCCAACAAGAAGUCACAAAAUGACAUGAAAUGGUCACAAGUUAGGAAGUAAUAAAAAGUGAAUGAAGUUUCAAGUGCCUCAAAAUAAUUAUACUCAGAAGGAAAAUUGUUCAUCUGUGCACAAUUUGUUGGGUGCUGCUUAUAAAUACAACAUUCAAAGGCAAUGUAAGUGAGUAAGAUAUGAAGGAAUAGUCACCAAACAAUGAUAUUUGACGAUCUGGGAGACUCAGCAAAUAUCCAACUCUGCUGACACCCAGAAACUUCCUGAACACAGCAAAAUAAUAACAAAAAGAAAGUACAGGCAGAAGCCAAGGUCUCUGUAGAUAGGACGCUUGGCACCGCUUGGAUUAUUUUUGAAUCAUUCUAUAUAUAUUUUCAAAUAAAAUCUUGCAAAGAAAGGAUUACAGUUGUGCUGGGAACAGCUGUUCUCAAUUAUAGACAUUUGAUAUAUUUCAUAGUGAGCACUGAAUUCAGAUUUUAGGCACUAUAGAGCAUAAAUUUCACUAAAAAUCAAUUAAAAAAUGUUGGAGGGUAAGUAUAGUGCUCCAUAUGUGACUUUGGGAGGCUUUACUAAAUGACUGCACAUUGUACAUAUUGUACACAUCACAUCAUUUGUCUACAGUGAAGCAUUUCUGCAUUUGUAUUUCUUCAAACUAUGUAUACAAAUUUGUUGUAUGAUGGGAAAACCCAUCAUCAUCAGCUGCAUUCUGUUUUUUUUUUACACAUCUUGUACUGUAAAACUGCUAAAAUGCAAUAUGUAUGCUUAAGAGCUGCUCACUUGCUACUUUUAUUGACAAUUAGUUUUGCUUGCUUUGGAAUAAAGUGCUUACAUAAAAAGA